UGCUGUAGCAGGAAGCGGCGGAGCACGGUUGAGUAGCGCUUAUGGAGAGGAUCGCGGCGUCCCGGGGGGCUACCGGCAGCGCCCGGGAAACUUUCUGAGGGAGAACCAGGGAGGGUCGUGCCCUUCGCCCAGCCGGAGGAAGCCGGACCAGGAAGGUUUCUUGCGGUUGCUACCGGGCGGCCCCCGGGAGAGCCGUGGUGGGCGGCGGGGGCGGCGGCGUUAGCAGCAGCGCCGGGUGCCGCGGCCGCCUCCGCGGGGCGGCCUGACAUGAGAUCAUCGCCGGCAGCGGCAGCAUGGCCUCUGCCAGGAGCGGUGGCCGCGCCGGGCCGAGGGACGAGGAGGCCAACGGCGACCUGGACCGCUCCCUGCAGCAGAUGCUGCGGGCGAUAGCGGAGGAGAGGAGCCGCGCCGGCCUCCGCCAAGAGAUCAGCGGCCUCGGGUGCUUCAAAGAUGACCGUAUUGUGUUCUGGACUUGGAUGUUCUCAACAUACUUCAUGGAGAAGUGGGCCCCCCGGCAAGACGACAUGCUCUUCUAUGUCCGGCGGAAGCUCUCCUACGUCAGCGGGGAGAGUACAGAGGGGAAAAAGCAGGUGGAAGUUGAAGUUUACCGGAGAGAUUCUAAGAAGCUUCCCGGCCUGGGAGACCCUGAUAUAGACUGGGAAGAGAGUGUCUACUUGAACCUCAUCCUGCAGAAGCUGGAUUAUGUGGUGACGUGUGCUGUGUGCACACGCUCCGAUGGCGGCGAUAUUCACAUUCACAAGAAGAAAUCUCAGCAAGUGUUUGCAUCUCCUAGCAAACACCCAAUGGACAGCAAAGGAGAGGAGUCUAAGAUCAGCUAUCCCAACAUAUUCUUCAUGAUAGACAGUUUUGAAGAGGUUUUUAGUGACAUGACUGUGGGAGAAGGAGAAAUGGUCUGUGUGGAGCUGGUGGCCAGUGACAAAAGCAACACCUUCCAAGGGGUGAUUUUUCAGGGGUCCAUCCGCUAUGAAGCACUGAAGAAGGUCUAUGACAACAGGGUGAGUGUUGCAGCUAAGAUGGCUCAAAGAAUGUCUUUUGGCUUUUAUAAAUAUAACAACAUGGAGUUUGUGCGAAUGAAAGGGCCGCAGGGCAAAGGACACGCGGAGAUGGCAGUGAGCAGAGUUUCUACUGGUGACACUUCACCGUAUGGGACAGAAGAGGAUUCGAAUCCAGACUCACCAGUGCAGGAGAGAGUCACCUCUUUCAGCACGCCGCCAACGCCAGAGCGCAACAACCGCCCGUCCUUUUUCUCCCCGUCCCUCAAGAGAAAAGUGCCCCGCAAUCGCAUUGCUGAAAUGAAGAAAUCCCACUCAGCAAAUGACAGCGAGGAGUUCUUCAGAGAUGAUGAUGGUGGAGAUCUGCACAACACCACGAAUCUGAGGUCGCGGUCCCUAUCUGGAACAGGACGCUCGCUGGUGGGCUCAUGGCUGAAGCUGAACAGAACAGAUGAAAACUUUCUACUCUAUGCACACUUAACUUAUGUCACUUUGCCAUUGCAUCGAAUUCUAACAGAUAUCCUGGAAGUGCGGCAGAAACCGAUUCUGAUGACAUAGCAGAGACCAGGCACUGCCUUGGAGCCGUGUUGCCAAGUGCCUAACCACAGCGGUUUUCUGUGCUAACACUACCAUCUAGUGUCAGGAACAUAAACCUCCGCAGGAAAAAGGGAAGUCCAAGAAUACCAGCUGAUCAAAAGUGCCUCUUUCUUCCUUCCUCUGCUGUCAUGCACCGUAUGCCCACUUGCAGUCCAUCGCUUGAGUGUUUCUGACUGGAAGAGGACUUUCAGCAAGAUAAAAACGAGAAGGGGCUGUUUAAAAACGAUCCGAUGCUUUAUGGACAGUUUUACUGUGUUUACUUUAUAAUUAAGAUACCAACAAGAUGUACAGAAUGUGUUAAACUUUCUAUUCUUUGAGAGAAACAACCUGAGAAUUUCAUAACGAUGUACUAAUGAACGUUGUUCCGUAGACUCUCACCCACAGACUCUCUGUGUCGGUUUGGCUUAAUGUGCGUGUGAGUGUGCGUGUGUGUGUGUGAGGACCGAGGGGAUGAGAGAACAAUUUCCUGCUGAGGGAGGAAAAGGGGGGG